AGUGCUCCACAACGCAAAACGUACACCAACCAGAGCGAUGCAAAAGCUCAAAACUUUACAAAUUACAGCUCAAAUUUGAGAGGUUUUCACAGCCACUGAAAUGUCGUCGUCCGUACUAAUUCAUGAAAGCAGGAAGCAAAUGUGGAAUGAGCAGGAGGGGUAUUGCUUUUGCAGGAGUUGCAGCUGCAGGAAUCCCAGUCAUGGGUUCUUCUUUGGCCGCUCAGCCAGUUCAAGGUACAAUAUUCCAGAGUUGGCCAAAAAAUAUAAGGUUUGUGCGAUAGACUUGCUGGGGUUCGGAUGGAGUGAGAAAGCACUUGUUGACUAUGAUGCAUUGGUUUGGAGAGAUCAGGUGGUGGAUUUCUUGAAGGAGAUUGUGAAAGAACCGACAGUUUUAGUCGGAAACAGCCUUGGAGGUUUUACUACUUUGGUUGCAGCUGCUGGGUUGCCCGAGCAAGUAGUUGGAGUUGCACUCCUGAAUUCUGCAGGACAGUUUGGAAAUCCUAACAGUGAGGCCGAGGAGUCUUGGGAGGAAACAGCCCUGCAGAAGUUCAUCCUAAAGCCCUUCAUGUUUGAUUCAAGGAUUUUACUUUGCGAAUGUAAAAUUGUAAAUUUGAUUAUCAAUUACUUCUUGAGGUUAGCUUUCCUCUGUGUAUAUGUCUCCAUUUCUGAGCUUUUUAUGUUCGCGGAAGAGUUUCUUCGUUGCAGAAAAGAGUUUUAA